AUGGCGACAGAUGCGCCAGAUCCACGGAGUUUUCAAACCUGGGAAGACGCGUUCCAGUAUCCAAUUCCGGUGGUUCGCAAACUUGAACAGCAGCUGCGCAACAAUGCUGAUGAGAAUCGUGAGAAGCUGCGGUCGCUCGUGGGAGCAAGUUACCGCAGCCUCCUCGAUACUGCCGAAACGAUCAUCGAUAUGGAAGUACGAAUGGGCCAAGUAGAGACCAAGCUUUCAAAAGUAGGCCAGAGUUGCAACUCGAGGCGCUUGGAGAAGAUAUCAAAUAAUACGGGGAACAUGGAUUUUCACAUACGGAGUCGUGAUGCGGAGCGGUACAUGCUGGCGUCCCAACUCUCGGUCCUGCGCAAUGCGCCUCUGGUGAUGACACGCCUUAUGAAAAGAGAGGGAUCAUAUCUGCUCAUUGCCAAGAUCCUGGUCAUUUCACGACUACUUCACAAGGCCCUCAGCCAAUCUGCGACGAAGCCCGCGAUUGUGGACCAGCUGUGGGAGAGGCUGUUGUCUGUACGAAGGAAGCUGCUGCGAAGAAUCGAUAAGCGACUAUCGAGUGCAGUCGGUGAAACAGCAACUCUAGUGGAGAGUAUGUGUGCCUAUGCGCUUGCUACAAGCUCGACACCAACCGAUACCCUGCAUCAUUUCCAUAAGAUGAGGUUGGAUAGGAUGAAUAGCGAGAUCAAGGCGGGUGGGAAUGAGCUUGCGAGGCACGGUAUUGAUGCGCUCAAGCUAUGCAUUCAGACAUGUCUCGAUACCCAGACGAUAUUUCCGCGGAGGUUGGCAGAAGCAUUGGCAAAACUGAAGGCGCAUCCUUUGAUUCAGGAUCCUGAUGUCCGCGGCCUAUAUGAGCUGAAUCUAGAUGUGCACGACCAGUGGCUUGGCGACGAGGCGCGCAACUACACGCCCUGGCCACGGCAUGAUGAGUUGCAGCGACCAGAAGCAGAGCGGAUACUACAUCGCUGGUCUAGGGAUGCCAUUGCGGCUUUCCUAAAGGGCGUCAAGAAGGCACUAGAAGGUGAAGAACGAUUGCAAGAGGUUGCGGACUUGCGGCAAGAAUUGAUUGAAACAUGGAUUCUUUCUGGAUCUCGUAUGGCGGGCGUCAAGUCGGCAAACAUACUCGACGAUUUGCGCGACAUGAUGAACGACAAGCUUGAAAGCAUCGUCCGGUCACGAACAGAUGGACUGCAGACUGUUGUUUCAGAACUUACGGCUCAGCUAGAUACAGUGGCUGCAUCCGAAGCAACCUCGGCGCUCAGUCUCUGGGAUACAAUCGACAAGGCCUCGGACCUCUCUAACGGCGCUCAAUCAUUCAAAUCUACAGUCCUGAACACAUACCAAGGCCGAGACGACCCAGUCAUCAGCGUCACAUCCGCCUUUGACAACUGGAUGGCAUCAGUCCUCGAAGUCAAAGGCAUAGUGAAGAGCAUGAAGGAAGCCCGCUGGGACGACACCUUUGCCGACGACGCAGGCUCAGACUCCGACUCCGACCUUGGUGACUCGAAGCAAACCCUCCUCAGCGACGACGAUCCCAAGUUGCUGGAAGAAUGCACACAAGAAGCCCUACGCGAAGCACUGCAGAAUCUCGGCAAAAGCCUAUCUACCAUCACCAAGUCCUCUGAGAAGACAGAGGGCACCGAUUCCAUCCAAAAAGCAACCUUCAUCCUGCGCGUCAUCAGGGAAAUAGGCGAUCGCAUCCCGCGACUUAGACUUCAAGACAAAGCCACACCCCCCACCUCCCCAUUUACCCCAAACAUCCUUGAACCCCUCCACGCAGCUCUAGCAUUGCACGUCGCACAACCAACGCUAGAAGCAUACAAGACCUCGCUAGCCAAGUCCCUGAAGAUCAAAUCAAACAGCCAUAUUUUGUGGGAGGGCCAGCCACCACUGCCUACCCAGCCGUCACCCAGUGCAUUCCGCUUUUUGAGGGAUUUGAAUACUAAGAUGACGGGUGUGGGGAGUGAUCUUUGGGCUCCCGGAAGUGUGGGUGUGAUGAAGGGGAAGGUGGCGGGAAUGUUGGUGGGGGUUGUGGAGGGGCAGGUUGAUGCUAUUUUUGCGCUUGGCCAAGGUCCUAUCAAUGGUGAUGAGGAGGAGGAAGAAGAAGAGAAAGAUGAGAGAGGGGAGGAAAAGACGGAUGUGGAGGAGUCUGGUCCUACGAAGGAAGAAGAGACGGAGAUCAAGGUCUACAGACUUAAGCAGUUGCUCUUCGAUGUGCUGUAUGUACAACGGUUUAUUGAACCGACUGCAGGAGAAGAAAGUAUUGCGAAGUUGAGGAAGAAGAUGGAGCUGGAAGAUGUGGAUGUGGGUAGGUUGAAGAAGAGUGCGGUGGAAUAUGCUAAGAAGACGUAUUUGUUGUUUGCACAGACAUAUUAA